AUAGAGGAUGAAAAGAUUCAAAUAAUUAUUCUUUUAAAAAAAAAUUGAGGGGAUAUCAUUUAAAUCAACAACAAAGACUAGAAUUUAAAUACAACCUAACUUUGAUUUAACGUACAGAAAAAGUUCGAUACAAUUAAUGAAAUGUCAAUUUGAAAUCAUCGUCCCCUUUUUAAAAAAAAUUAUUUCUCCACUGAACAGUGCUGUCACGUGUUAUUAGAAAUACUGUUUAAGAUAACGUUAUUAUAUUAAGUUAUUAUUAUUUUUUGUUGUUGUUGCUUUUCAUCUCUUCUGUACCAUUCUUAGCGUGUAUGCUACCUAGUUACCCUGCUGGAGAUGGACGCUAGAUGACAACUAAAACCUGUUUUUUUAAUUGAAACAUCAUUUCUUCUCAUGAGAACUGCGUGAAAAAAAUAAUUUAAAAAAAAAGAUUUUUUAAAAAUUAUAAUUAUCACCAGUUCGUGAAAGAUAAAGGGGCACGGCCAAAGGAUCUUUACUUUCAUUUAGAAGAUUGCUGCGCCUGCUCAACGCAAAUAGCUAAGGCAAGAAAGAUAGGAUAACUCACACCAUAGGAUGGAGCCACGCGUUCACUCCUCUUGGAUUAUUGUUCUGAUAAUUCUAACCGCGGAUUGUACAGGUCAGUACACAAUUUGAGUGCAUAAUAAGUGUGUACAUAAACCAAGAGCAUAUUUUGAGUUAAUAUUUAAGAUAAAAUUUGAGUGCAUUAUUGUGUACUUAAGUGAGAUAAUAACAGGGUGCAUAAUUGUGUACGUAAUUAAGAAAAUAAUUGUGUACAUAAUUGAGUACAUAAUAAUUGUGUACACAAAUGAGCACAUAAUAGUGUACAUAAUCAAGUGCAUAUCUGAGUACAUAACUGUAUACAUAACUGAGUACAUAACUGUGUACGUACUUGAGUACAUAUUGUGUACGUAAUAGUGUACGUAUUUGAAUAUUUAAAUGAGUACAUAACUGAGCACAUUACUGAGCAAGACCACGAGUUACAGUCCAGUAGGAGUUGCACGCCAAUCAACCAAAUAUUUGACAUACAAUUUUAAAUCCCCAUUGCUUGAGAGGUCGACUGAAGAUAACAUUUCCCCAAAAGCGUACUGGAGGUGAAAAAAAAAACGAAACAACACCAAACUGUUGAGACGAGAACUGAGCUGUUUCAUAAUCAUUUUAUUGGUCUUUUGCUUUGAGUUUUUGCAUUAUUUAUUAAAGCGGGCAAGAGCUAGAUGUAAUUUAAUCAACUAAUGUAAAGUGACUCAAACAAUGACAAGACAGUCUAAAACAGUGACACGACAGUCUAAAACAGUGACAAGACAGACGAAAACAUUGGCAAGACAGACUGAAACAUUGGCAAGACAGACUGAAACAUUGGCAAGACAGACUGAAACAUUGGCAAGACAGACUGAAACAUUGGCAAGACAGACACGCAUAAAAUUAAAGGUUGAUACAGUUAUCCAAUUUUGAUUUCGACUUGACAAUAAACACAUUGGAACGAGGAAGAACAUCAAAUGGAAGGAAUAUUUAGUUAUUUGUAUUAGUGUGCCGCCACAUUAUACACAAAAAUCGAUCCUGUGUAACCACUGGUAGAAGGAGACCAAAAAAAAAAGGCUUACAAUUCUUAAAGUAAUUGCGUCACAUAACUCAGGUGCACCGACCCAUGGCUUAUAAGAAACCAAGAGGGAGAGAGAGAGAGAGAGAGAGAGAGAGAGAGAGAGGGGGGGGGGGUCCCACUGUCAAUUCUUAAAGUAAUUGCGUCACAUAACUCAGGUGCACCGACCCAUGGCUUAUAAGAAACCAAGAGGGAGAGAGAGAGAGAGAGAGAGAGAGAGAGAGAGAGGGGGGGGGGAUCCCACUGUCGUAAUUGAUUGAGCUGUUCAUCAACACACACGAUGACGUCAGGUGCAGUCUAAAACGGACAUCCGGCCCGUUGAUGAACAAUCCGGGAACCCAGCCUUUAAAUUGAACAAAAAAAAAGACAUUGCUAGGCGUCUCGAGAGUACUGUUUCACAUUUGGAUUAUUUUAUUCUCUCAAAAGUAGUCAACUAAACAAUGACCGUAAGGGUUAUAAUCAACAACAUGUCCAACAAAGAUCACUUUUUGAGGAGUUUCAAUCUUUUAUAUUUGUGAACACUAACGUUUGGAUCCCUUUCUCUGUGAAGUGGGUCAAUUAUGACAAAAGUGGGUCAGCUAUGACAAAGGAGGGUCAACUGUGACAAAAAUUGGGUUGAACAGCCCCCAAACAUAUCUGCUCUUACUUGAACGCUGAUGAUCUGAUCUGAAGUUGAGAAUGAAAGCUAUCAACUCGCUCCAUCACAGCUUUACUAUUUUCUUCUCUCCAGCAUCUAUGAAUUGUGCUCCUGCCAUUCUCUUCUUAAAUCUUAAUCUCCUCUUUAGCGAAAUCCAUAUUGUUCUGAUUUUAAAAGUGCAAUUCAAUAGCAUGUACCACCAAGUGACAGUGCUUCUCUCGCAGAAACACUCUUAAGACUUCUAGGUUGGUCACCACUUUGUCAAGAGUAAAGAGUUAGUCAGCACACACUGCUGUGUAAGAUUAACUUCAUCAAAGAAGAUCAGCCCAAAGGUAAAGGUAGCAGUAAACGUGACAUCACAGCCAGCAUGUAAAAGACCUUGUGCUGUACCUCUUGUAUCCUAAUUUUCCAGAGGAUCACACAGAGCUUCAAUGGCCUCCACACAUUCAUCAAACUUACCUAUCCCUGCUUUAACAGCAGCACGAUGAGCAAUCCACCGUGUUGUUGAGAUUAAAAAAAACACGAUAUUCUAAUGUUUCCAAUUUGGAUUGGUUACAUGUGUGGAAAAUGGAUGUGUGAUCGAUUAUCCUUUUUAUGAAACUUGGUUAGAGCAAGCAUUGCGUGCUCUGUAAUUAUGCAGUUUUUUUUCAAUUUGGUGUCAACCGAUGUGGUCCGCAACCCCGCACCCCCCUUGCUACGCCACUGAAUAGCACGUUUCUAGUUGAUCAUAGCUGAUAUAUACAUAUAUAUAUAUAUAUAUAUAUAUAUAUAUAUAUAUAUAUAUAUAUAUAUAUAUAUAUAUAUAUAUAUAUAUAUAAUGUGUGCAUGUUAAUAGAGUAUUUCAGUCAUUAAAACAAAUGGUUUGAAAAUUUAACCCCCCCCCCCGAAAAAAACAAAAACAACAAAAAGACAAAGAAACAAAGAAAACCAGUUUUUUAAAACAAUUCUGUAAGAUUCAGAAAGAAGUCUGCCGUACGCUAUAAGUGAUGGAAAUUUUCAAUAACGUACAAAGUAGGCUAGAAACAUGCUCAAGUAAAAUCUUAGUCGAUUUGUUUAUAUACGAUAGAACAUCAAUUAUAAAGCAAUCUAAUAAAAGACAUAACAUUUCAUUGUCUUCAGAUAAUGGGAAUUAAAGAAUAAAGGAAACUGAGAUUUAAAAUAAAAAAAAUUGAGUAUCUUUGUUUCUAUUCCAGGACAGGGGACAAGUUCGAAUGCGUCUGAGACUACAACAAGCGUGGUAGAACUAAUCUUACACACAUUUUCAUCUGACACAGUUGGAACAACACAGCAAAUAUCUUCAACCGAUAUAUUACAAACACCUGUGCAAGUACCUUCAUCUGACAUAGUACAAGAAACACAGCAAAUAUCUUCACCCGAUGUAUUACAAACAUCUGUGCAAGUACCUUCAUCUGACAUAGUGCAAGUAACACAACAAAUAUCUUCACCCGAUGUAUUACAAACAUCUGUGCAAGUACCUUCAUCUGACAUAGUGCAAGUAACACAGCAAAUAUCUUCAACCGAUGUAUUACA